AUGGCCAGCACCCUGACCUCUCUAAACACUCACCUCGAAGAUGUCCUCCGCACUCUCAAAUCACAAGCUGUCAGCCAGGAACUACAGAAAGGCCUGCACGAUCACACCAAAGGUUCUCUUCCAGAUCCAGAGCUACAGCGCCUAGCCAACAAAUCCAUCGACCUGCUGCACGAGAUUGAACAAAUGCUCGAGCCAGGGUACCUCGUACUAGCCGACCACUUCCUAGGCUACGUGCAUGCCAAAUGCCUCGUCGCAGCCGUCGACCUACGCAUCGCCGACGCCCUCGAAACCUCGGGCCCAACAACCAUCGACUCCCUCGCUGGCACGUGCUCAGCCCGCAGCGACCGCCUCGCCCAAGUCCUCCGCGUCCUAAUCAGCAACGGCAUCUUCGCGUUCGACAAGACGUCAAAGACGUACACCAACAAUGCCACGUCCCGACUCCUCCUCUCAGACCACUGGACGCAGUGGCAUCGCUGGGCGUCGCUGUACGGCACCCAGUUCUACGACAUGGCACGCGGUAUACCGUCGUCGCUGCGCAAGGACGCCGUAAGGUCUGCGGCGCAAAUCAAUUACGAUACGGAUCUCAACAUGUUCGAGUAUUUUCGCGGCCAGGGAUGGGUCCCGCAGCUGCAUGCGACGCUCGGUGCGGGUGCGGCCGCGCAGGCACCCGGUAUCCUAGCCGAUUACCCGUGGGAAGACUUUCACGGCGAAACGAUUAUGGAUAUUGGGGGCGGAGGCGGCGGCUUCAUUGCGAUGCUGUUGCGCGCGCACAAGGCGCUCAAGGGCGGUAUCUACGAUCUGCCGCAUGUCAUCGAGUACGCGAAGCCGCUGUUCCAUUCGAACGAUCGACAGUUUGCGGAUGUGGGUGCGCAGAUUCCGGUCGAGAAUUUAAUUGGGGGGGAUUUCUUUGAGAGUAUUCCGCCGUCCAGGAUCUAUACGAUCAAGUGGACGCUGCAUGAUUGGCGGGAUGAUGAUGCGAGACGCAUUUUGCGUAACAUUGAAAAGGCAAUUGUGCCUGGAGAGAAGAGCAAGUUGAUCAUCCUGGAGGAGAUGCUGGAUACGACGAGGAGUAAGAGGCUAUCGAGGUAUGGUGACAUGAACAUGAUGAUUGCAGCAAAUGGUGUGGAGAGGACGAGGGACGAGUGGAUGGCGCUGGCGGACAGUGCGGGGUGGACCAUCACCAAGGUCUAUCCACUGAGGAAUGCGUGGCAUUGCGCAUUUGACUUGGUGCCAAAGAGUUGGCAAAGAUAG